UGCAGAUUUAGUGGAGGUUCCAUUUUUCCUACAUUAAUAUAUUAGUAUGGGGUAGAUGUUAAACAGUAAACUACAAAGGAGUUAACUUGGAUAGGAAGGCUUCAAUUAUUGAUAUGAUAUACAUAGUGAUAUCAUUGUACUUCCUGCUACCAUUGCCCAAUAUACUAUUGGUGCUAUACGUAUUCUACCUAGUACAAAGUAGAAUGUUGAAACGACUAAAGCAUUCAGCUACUUUAGUAGGAAGCUUGACCGGGCCACCCGAGUGGGCUGAAGCCGAGAUAAUUAUAGAGGGAUGCAGCAGGGCUGUACCGGAGUAGUGGUGCUGGUUUAUAGGUUUUAAGUAAAGUCAAUGUAGAUCGACUGCUCAGCACAAAUCUCCUUAACUAAUAAAUAUGGGCAACAGCA